UUCUCGCGUUAUUACUUAAGUAAUUGACAGCUAUGGUUUUCGGAACUGUCUGGCGUUGUUAUCAUUGCUAGUCAACGUCGGGACAUUUCAUUUCAUGAGCUGUGUUGAAAUUAUGAAUAACCUCCCGUCUAUGUGGCAACGCUUCCUGUAAUUGAUGAACAUUGAAAUGGUGAAGUGAAAGAGGAGAAAUGAGUAAAUCCAAAAUGACGACAGAGAAAGGUCCUUUUCCCAGAAUUCCCAGUAACUCGAGGGUGUUGAUGCUGCUGGGCCAGUUGGAGAAGAUCAACGGUGAGGCGGCUUUCAGCGAUGUGGAAUUCGCCCGACACGUCACAGCCAAGAUCCUGCACCUCCUUCAGACACAAGAGAAAACCAGGAAAGAGAUCAUGGCCAAAGGUUCGACUGGAAUGGAGGUCAUCCUGGCUUCGUUAGAGACCACAAGGGACCCACAGACAGUGCUGAAUAUCCUCUACAUUCUGAAUGAGCUGGUGUCUGCGGGUGGUGGCCACAGGGUAGGGGUGCUAGUUUCAAAGGGGGGGACUGCAAUCCUGCUGCAGCUGUUGCUAAGCGUCAGUAAGGAGACCCCGCCCAGUGAUGAGGUCAUGCUGCAGUUGCACUCAAUUCUGGCCAAAGUCGGACCAAAAGAUAAGAAGUUUGGCAUCAAAGCGCGCAUCCAUGGUGCUCUGAACAUCACCGCUAACCUGCUGAAACAAAACCUGCAGAACCACAAACUGCUGCUGCCCUGCCUGCAGGUCCUACGCGCCUACUCCGCCAACUCUGUUAACGCUGUCUCCCUGGGGAAGAAUGGCGUCAUCGAUGUACUGUUCAAAGUCAUCUGCCCAUACAACAAGAAGAGCAGCAGUCUGCUGAAAGUGGCCCUGGACACAGUUGCAGCCCUGCUGAAGUCGAAGACCAACGCCCGGCGUGCGGUGGACCGGGCGUACGUGCCCGUGCUGCUUGCCCUCUACCAGGACUGGCACCGCAACGACACCCGCCACAGGCACAUGCUCAUACGCAAGGGCAUUCUGGGAUGCAUCAAAAACAUCACCAACAUUAAACUGGGCAGGAAGGCCUUCGUUGAUGCUCAUGGAAUGAGAAUUCUCUACAGCACAUCCACUGAGUGCCUCCCCGUGCGGACGCUGGAUCCCCUGGUGAACUCCUCCAGCCUCAUAAUGCGCAAGUGUUUCCCCAAAAACCGCCUGCCCCUGACCACCAUCAAGAGCGUCUUCCAGCACCCCCUGCCCCACCUGCCCCCAGGAGGGCCUGUCGCCGAAAUGUACAACCAAUCGCCUGACGUGGACGACGUGUUGGAUGACAGUGAUGAUAACGACGACACAGAGAAUGAAGAGGAAGAGAAAGAUCGCAACACUCCGAGUGACGACAUCGAAACCGACAUCAGUAAGCUCCGCCCCAAACAGAACCUCACCCGGCCCCUGCACGAGCUGAAGAUGUACGAGCGCUUCUUUCCAGAACUUUCUGAGGAUUUUCAGCACCAUUUUGAUAGCGGUGAGGACACGUUUUCGAACCUGGGACCACACGCUCCAAAAUCCGUAGGUCCAAUCAUCGUUCCUACCGCGCAGGUACCGGCCCAGCCUCUCCCUGGCUCCGCCCACAGGGAGCCCCGCCCGGCCAGCGAGGACCCCGGCAACGCGCCCCUGCGCGUGGACAGCAUCACCAUCGCUAAGGACUGUGACCACGCCCACAGGCCCCGCCCCGAGCAGGAGCUGGCGCAGGACCUGGAGCGCGUGGCGCUGGGCGUGUCGGACUCGCCGCCGCCGCCGCCGCCGCCCGUCUACGAGCGCGAGGACAACCUGCGGCCCGCCUGCGAGCGGGACCGCGACUGCGAGGACGACACCAGCUCGCUGUCGUCGGGGGAGCAGGCCUGCCUGGAGGUGCCGGACACGGCGGCCAUGCUGCCGCUGCACGACCCCGAGCUGUACAUCCACAUGGUGAAGAGCACGCGCUCCGUCCCGCGGUACGCCGAGGUGGCCUACCCCGACUACUUCGGACACGUCCCUCCGCCCUUCCCCGAGCACAUCCUGGAGAGGGGGUACGGGGUCCAGCGGACAAAAAUCUUCCAGGACAUCGAGCGGCUAAUCCACCCUGCAGACAUCCUGGAGAAAGUGGUGUAUGACCUGGACCUGCACCUGCAGCGGUCUCCAGUGAUCAGCGAAGGCGAGGCUCUGAAAUUCAACUCGCAGUUUGAGUCCGGAAACCUGAGGAAGGCUGUCCAAGUGAGAAAGUCUGAGUAUGACCUCAUCCUGAACCCUGACAUCAACAGUAACCAUUACCACCAGUGGUUCUACUUUGAAGUGAGCGGCAUGCGCGUUGGCACCCCCUACCGCUUCAACAUCAUCAACUGUGAGAAGUCCAACAGCCAGUUCAACUACGGUAUGCAGGUGCUGAUGUACUCAGUUCAGGAAGCCAUCAGGGGGCAGCCGCGUUGGGUCCGCACCGGCACGGACAUCUGCUACUACAAGAAUCACUUCUCCCGGAGCUCUAUGGCAGCGGGGGGGCAGAAGGGCAAGUCGUACUACACCCUGAGUUUCACCGUCACCUUCCAUCACAAGGACGACGUCUGCUACUUCGCUUACCACUACCCCUACACCUUCUCCACCCUCAAGAUGCACCUGCUGAAGCUGGAGGCUCAGCGCACAGCCCGGAUUUACCUGCACCGGGACGUGCUGUGUGAGACUCUGGGGGGUAACGGCUGCCCUGUGCUCACCAUCACCGCCAUGCCGGAGUCCCCUGCGCCCGAACACGUCUGCCAGCUCAGGAACCGGCCGUACGUGUUCCUGACGGCGCGGGUGCACCCGGGCGAGACCAACGCCAGCUGGGUGAUGAAGGGCACGCUGGAGUUCCUGAUGAGCAGUACCCCUACUGCCCAGAGCCUGAGGGAGGCCUUCAUCUUCAAGAUCGUCCCCAUGCUCAACCCCGACGGAGUCAUCAACGGCAAUCACCGGUGCUCUCUGAGCGGGGAGGACCUGAAUCGCCAGUGGCUGAACCCCAACGCGGAGCUGCACCCCACAAUCUACCACACCAAGGGCCUGCUGCAGUACCUGUCUGCCGUGCAGAGGGCGCCACUGGUGUAUUGUGAUUAUCACGGUCACUCUCGUAAGAAGAAUGUCUUCAUGUACGGCUGCAGCAUGAAGGAGACGAUGUGGCAGACCAACAUCAGCUCCACUUCCUGUGACCUGCAGGAAGACCUGGGGUAUAGGACUCUGCCGAAGAUCUUGAGCCAGGUGGCCCCGGCCUUCAGCAUGUCCAGCUGCAGCUUUGUGGUGGAGAAGUCCAAGGAGUCCACGGCUCGUGUGGUGGUGUGGAGGGAGAUCGGAGUGCAGAAGAGCUACACCAUGGAGAGCACGCUGUGCGGCUGUGAUCAGGGCAGGUACAAGGGUCUGCAGAUAGGAACUCGGGAGCUGGAGGAGAUGGGGGCACAGUUCUGUGUGGCUCUGCUGCAGCUUAAACGCAUCACUUCCCCCCUGGAGCUGCCGAACCCCACCCACCUCCUGGACCUGGAGAAUGAUGUCAUCCAGACCACCUGCAAAAUCACCAGCCCCAGCUCCUGUGUGUUAGAGGAGGACGAGUCCUUCCUGGAAGAGGUGGACUACAGCGCAGAGAGCAACGAGGAGAACGCUGAUGACGACCACCUGUCCGACUCCGAGGCCGCCCUCACCUGAGCCUGGCCCCGCCCUCACCUGAGCCUGGACCCGCCCUCAUCUGAGCGUGGACCUGCCCUCACCUCAGCCAGGCCCCGCCCUCACCUGAGCCUGGCCCCGCCCUCAUCUGAGCUGGCCUCCUCCUCAGCCGAGCCUGGCCCCUCCCCCUGUGCAUUACGUGAUAUACAAACCCUACCUUAACCUGCCUUCUUUCCAGAGCAGUCAGGGCUGAGCUUCUCCAGUACACUGUUGCUUUAACUCAGGCUUUGCGUUUGUAUUUCGGAAGUAAUGCUGAGAAAUGCCCCCCCACCCCCCCUCCUCGAAACACCAAAGGCCUCUCUGUCUCCCCAAUCUGCUCUGGGGUGUCUGAACGCUGCUGGGUUUUAACUGUAGAUAUUAUUCUACAUGGAUGUUUGUAUAGUCGAUGCAUGACUGUUUAAUAUCUUGCUUUUUAAUUUAUUAAUUUUUUCUGCCACUUUUUUGUGAAAUAAAAAAAAAACAAAACAAAAUAUUAAAUGUGAAAUAUGUGGUUAUGUGGUUGUAGCGGCAGACGGGAAAAGUGGCCAGAAUCCUGCGCUUGCAAUGAAUGUUGGGAAAUAAAUGUUGGCCUGAAAAAGGGAA